CCUCGGCGGAAUUUGAACUCAGAACGUAGCGAUAGACGAAAUAUCGCUAAGCGUUUCGCCCAAGGCCUAAAAUUUUGAGAGAAGAGGCUAAUCGAUUACAUCGACCCACAACUAAUACUUAUUUUACCAACCCUAAAAGGAUGAAAGACAAAGUCGAUUCCAGUGGUAUUUGAACUCAGAAAGUUAAAACUGAUUUCAUCCGGUGUGCUAACGAUUCUGCCGGCUCGCUACCUUAACCGAUAAAAAUAAAACAGUAACAACCAAACUACUUUUCGUUUCUUCAAGACGAAGCUUGCGCAGCACACGAUCCAAAGGACAUAACUCUUGAUGACACUAGGAUAAACUAAACCAACAUGGCGCACAGACUGCCCUUAUGGAAACGGUGUAUUCCUCAGUAUCCAAUAUACUGGAAAGGCGAUCCACAACGCUAUUUAUUUCUUCCACAAUUUUGGAUGAAAAUGGUAAAACCAAAAGGAAAAGUUCCACCUAACAGAGUUCAGUUCAUUGUACAUCCACAGAUGAGUAAAAUUGAUAUAAAAAACUAUUUAGAGAAGAUCUACAAAGUCCCAGUAGUGUCUGUUUCAACAAGAGUUUAUGAAGGUGAAGAAAAGAAACACCCUGAAAAAAGAUAUGUUGCUUUCCGUGAAGAUGAUUACAAAAUGGCAUUUGUUCAGUUGGGUGGAGACCACACAUUUGAAUUUCCAGAUAUUUUUGAUGGAAAGAAAACCAAUAUUGAGAAAGAAGUUGAGGAAUUCAAAAACCUGAAGAAAAAACAAUCAAUUGAUGAACAAAAGAAUUGGAGUAAACUUUCUAUACCUCCUUGGUUUAGAUAAUAAUAACCUUCAUAAUAUUGUAGUUUUUGAAAUUAAUAAAUUUGCAGUUUGUUA